AUGUCGUUUCUCAAUUCCAUCGGUCGGUCUAUGCAGAGAAACCCUCGCGGGCCCAAACGAUCCCCCACACCGACCGGCCAGUCCACCGACAACGUCUCUAUACCCCCGCAGCCCUCCAGCCCAAGCAGCCCAUCACCCAACAAACCUCUCUACCUCUGCAGCCCCUUCGUCGAAGCCGCUCUCGUCAAGGGCAACUUCAAGACCAUCGUCGUCCUCCCAAAAUACGUCGACAUCAUGGAGUGGGUCGCUGUCAAUGUAUAUGACUUCUACACGAACCUGAACGAAUUCUACGGCGUCAUCACCGAGCACUGCACCACCCAGUCCUGCCCGACCAUGGCCGCUGGCCCCCAGCUCAACUACACCUGGAUCAACCAGGAUCGGAAGAACGUCCACCUCCCCGCCCCCACCUACAUCGACUACGUCAUGACCUGGGUCCAGAACCUGCUCGACGACGAGGCCGUCUUCCCCACAAAGGCGGGCCACGACUUCCCCCAGUCUUUCCCCGCCACCGUCAAGCACGUCUACCGUCAGCUCCUCCGCGUCUUCGCACACAUCUACCACGCGCACUACAACCAGAUCCUCCAUCUCCGCUCCGAACCCCACUUCAACUCCCUCUUUGCCCACUUCCUCGCUUUCGGCCGCGAAUAUGAACUCCUUGACAUCAAGGAAGUCAAGGGCGCCCCGCAGGCACUUGUCGGCGCCGGUAUGCUCUGGGAGAAGUGGAAGGAAUUGGGCAUUCUCGACGGCUGAGAACUACGCCACAGGGGAGGGCAUGAGGAAUGAUAAUGAUGAAUCUGAGACGGACGGUGUGCUCAGGUCUGAUCAGGAGGGACUGUGAUGCGUUUC